AUGAGCUCAAGGACAACCACUGCCGUCAUUGCUGGCGCCGCCGUCGCUGGGCUAGUUGCCUACGCUGUCUAUUUCGACUACAAGCGAAGAAAUGACGCCGAGUUCAGGAAGAGACUGCGCAAAGAAAAGAAACGCGUCGACAAGUCGAUAGCUUCAUCAGCUGUCCCAGCCAGUACAGUGUCCACGGAAUCACUGCGAGAGGCCUUGGAACGGGUCAAAAAAGAAGAAGUGCCGGUAUCGCCUGCAGAACGGGAGAAUUAUUUCAUGUCUCAGGUGGCCAUGGGUGAACAGCUUGCCCUUCAAGGUCCUGAUUUCCAACUCCCCGCGGCACUUUCAUUCUAUCGUGCCCUCCGCGUGUAUCCUUCGCCGGUCGAACUCAUGGUCAUCUACGAGAAGACCGUUCCAGAGCCAAUCUUUAAAAUGGUGAUUCAGAUGACCAAUUUGGACGUAACUGCUAAAGUUCAAGGAUACUACGAUUACUUCCCACCAAAAUCGGCCGGUGUUACAAUCCGAACAGAGGAUACUCCAGAGGGUCCCAGGAAAUACAUUGUUGUGAGUAAGGACUUCAAAAAGGGUGAUCUCAUCUACAAGGCAAGAGCAGAGCACCCUGUCAUCACGGCUCUAGAUGCUGACAUUCAAUCUGCUGGAACCCACUGCUCUCAUUGUCUCCGCCUCAUCGAAUCCUCUAUCUCGAUCAAAUCACCUUCAGACCCUCUUUCGUCGACUUACUGCUCAAAAGCCUGUCAACUCCUGUCAAAAUCCCAGUCACACAACCUUCUCUUUACCUCAGAGCGUCCUCUUCCACCUGAGAUCCCCAUGGACCCUCCUACACCGGAAACCCUUGAAAAACGCAGGAAGGCGCAAGCUGCCUUUGUCGCAUAUUUGCAGAAAGAAGGAAAAGCCGGUCCUCUCCUCGUCGCAAGAUUUGUAGCCCGCCAAAUUGCCUUUGAAACGUUGAAGCUAACGCCUGGAUAUACGGGAAAGCAUGACGAGCAACAUUUCACAGAUUCGGAGGGUGAGGAGUACAUGCUCGCAGAUCACAUGGAGAGACUGCGGUACAUCGAAGUUGACCUCCCCAAGGAAGAGGCUCCGCUUCUCGCAAAAGUCUUAGGCUCUGCUGUUGCAGACUUGGACAAGUUUAUGACGGACGAGCAUUUAGCUCAGCUCCGCGGCAAAAUUGCAUAUAACGCAUUCGGCGUCUGCUUUGGCGGAGGUCGGGAUGACAAGCCCGCACCAACCCAACGUCCAGAAGAUGUAGAAAAGACCCGAACACCAUAUGGAACCUCUCGCCAAAUUGGCACUGCCUUCUACACACUUUCAUCUUACCUCACCCACUCUUGUCGUCCUUCGGCGCGUCCCUCGUUCAGUUCCGGCACGGCCCAGAUUCACAUCAUCGCCAACCAGGACUUGAAACAAGGCGAUGAAGUCACUGUGGCUUUUGUUGACGUGACUCAACACGAAGGAGAGUCUGAGGUAGAGUGCAGACGAAGGAGAAGGAUAGAGUUGGCUCGCGGGUGGAAAUUUGCAUGCACUUGUCAACGGUGCAGUGAAGAGGCCAAAACGGAGACUAACGGGGUUGCUGCCCAAAAAGAUGAGACAAAGGAAUAG